UAUUUGAAUGUUUGAUACCGCCAAUCCAGUUGUCCGCCGAUAACCGAUAACGACUAGCUGUUUUAGCUAUUUUCUAUCGCAAUCGUCUACUUUUAAUCAGAUGGACUUGUUAUCGGCAACACUGAUUUUUGGAGCCCAGCACGCUGCACGUUUGUUUUGAUUUUGUUGGCGCAGAAAACCCCUGGAAAUGGCAAAAACCAAACGAAAUGUGAGAGCCAAGGCGAAGAGCGUGGUGGGGGCGGCCAAGCAGAAGGCGCAGGACAUACAGACGAAGUUGCGCCAGGAUCGACUGCUCCACAAGACCCUCACGCCCAAAAAGACGACCACCAAAAAGGAAAAAUCCGAGGCCAAACACAAGAAGCUUCUCAAACGCUUCGCCGAAACGCGAAAGGAACGCAAGGAGGAGCAGGCACGAAAGAAUCGGGAGAAGACCAAGGUCAUUGGGGAUCUGAAGCCACUCCGGGAUGCACUGCCCUCGCUGCAGGACAUCUACUCAAUGGUGAAAACGCGGUCUAAGGAUGCCGCCGAACAGGCAGUCCUCACAGAACCAGAGGCUCCUCUGAGUGCCAACGAGAAGAUCCGUAAGAAACGCACGGACAUGGUCAACCGGGUGAAAUCCUUCGAGAAGCUCAUCAAGGACAAAAACUUCAAGAAGAAUCCCCGCGAAGUCGUCGCCUCCCACUUGCGAAACAAAUACCAGGCGAUGGAAGAGGACGACGAUGAAUAGAAGCCAUAUUUAACUUGUUGAAUCCCCGGAAGCACUAUUCUAAAAAUCUAUUUUUUAAGUAAUACCCUUAAAAUAUGAUAUUGUAUUUUAAACAAUAUGACCAUGAAAAGAUGUCAGAAAGUCCUUUUAUUCUCCACCUGUUAUGUGCCUCAAAAAAACAUGCUCUAAACUUUAAGAAACAUCUUUAAUUACACAUGGAUAAUGACAAUUAUCAAGAAAAUAAAGCAUUUUCUUAAUUACCAA